CGGCAGCACGAGUGUGUGGAGAAGCUGAACAUGCACGCCAUCCUGUGCGCCUCAGUGGGCCAGGAGCAGCUGCUCACCGAGCUGCUGGUCAGCUAUGCCAAGAUUCCUGUUCUCAUUGGGGAGCUGAUCUCUGUGGAGAUCUGGAAGCACAAAAUCUUUCCUGUGCUGUGCCAGCUGGAGGACUUCAAACCAAGGAGCACCUUCCCCAUCUAUGUGGUGCUGCAUCAUGAAGCCUCCAUCAUUAACCUCUUGGAGACAGUGUUUUUUCACAAGGAGAUCUGUGAGUCAGCUGAGGACAGCAUUCUCGAUUUAAUUGAUUAUUGCCACCGAAAACUGACCCUGCUUGCAGCUCGGGGCGCCAAUGGACAGACAGUGACCCCGACAGAGCUUCGUCCUGAGAAUCUGGCCAGCCCCUCGUCCAUACAGGAGCUGCAGAAGCAGGCAGAGGCGAUGGAGUUUGAGAUUUCCCUGAAAGCCCUGUCCGUGCUGCGGUUCAUCACCGAUCAGGUGGAGAGUCUGCCCCUGAGUGCGCUGACACGGAUGCUGAACACCCACAACCUGCCCUGCCUCCUUGUCGAGCUGGUGGAGCACUGUCCCUGGAGCUGCUGUGAAGCAGGCAAGCUCAAGAAGUUUGAGAAUGGCACAUGGCACGUGGUGCCCCCUGAAGACCAGGUGAAGAUGACCAAGCUUGAUGGGCAGGUGUGGCUUGCCCUUCUCAACCUCCUGCUCAGACCCGAAUGCCAGCGCAAAUAUCACUUUGAUGGCUUCAACAAGAGCCAGCUCCUCAAGCUUCGUGCAUUUCUGUCGGAUGUCCUCAUUGACCAGCUGCCCAACCUGGUGGAGAUGCUGAGAUUUCUGAGCCACCUGGCGGUGACAGAGCCAGCUCCCCCUAAGAAGGAUCUCGUCCUGGAGCAGGUUCCUGUCAUCUGGGACCACAUCCUCAAGAAAAACAAGGGGAAGUGGGAGGCCAUCACCAAGCACCAGGUGAAGCGUGUCUUCAGCCCCACUGAGGAGGAGCUGGAGCUCCAGGCACGUAGGUGGGCACAGACCUACAGCCUGGACAUGAUGGAGGCUCUGGCCCCCGACAAGCCCCGCUGCAGGGUGUGUGGCACGGAGGCGGCCAAGCGGUGCUCUCGCUGCCGGAACGAGUGGUACUGCACGCGGGUGUGCCAGGUCCAGCACUGGCAGAAGCACAAGGCUGCCUGUGACCUGAUGGCCGGGGCAGCGAGGAGAGCAGACAACCUGGAGCAGAAACAGUGA